AUGACUUCUAAUCCAUCCUCACCAACUGGUUAUCUACACACCCUCUGUCGUCAUGGUAAUAUUGCUACAAUUCAAUCCUACCUUAAUGGAAUAGAGGAUAACAGCAAGUUGGAAGAGCGUGUUGGUUUCCUUGGUUACACUCCACUUCAUGAGGCAACCAACCUACAGUCUCAGACAAAAAUAGUUGGGACACUUUAGCUAAACGCUGUUUUUUCCCUUCUCGUGCUCACCUCGUCCCUCAAAGUUGUUUAUCGCGGUUCGGUCACCAAAUCUUGUACACCAACAUUGACGGGACAAGGAGACCCCAAAGUGUCCCAACCAUUUUGACUGAGACUGUAGGUCAAACCAAAGUUGUCAGGUUGUUACUCCUAUAUGGUGCAAAUGCGAAUGCCAAGGCCAAUGGUUUCUACACACCUCUUCAUAUUGCAGCAUCAAUGGACAAUGUAGAUUGUGUGGUUGAGCUUUUGAACCAUAAUGCUGAUAUAACUAGUAAAGAUGAGUUUGGAAAGACAGCUUACGAAACAGCCAUUAUGCACAAAUGCAAAAAGUCGGCAAGAAUUCUUAAAAGUGAAGGUUAG